CAGCGGAUGGUCCGUCACCGCGCGGUCAUCAGAAGCAUUAGUGCUAUGACCGGGGUAAGAAAUGGAACUGUCAGCAGCUGCUCUCCAGUUACUUUGUGUGAUUUUGGCGCUUUUGGCGAGGAGUUCGAUUUGGGCCUCCAGCCCGUUUCACGUGGAGGAACGGGACGCCAAGUUGAGAGUGCCCCAACUAAUCCAAAAAUAUGGCUACAAAAUGGAGGAACACCAAGUUCUAACCGAGGACGGUUACCUCCUGGGACUGUACCGAAUUCCGGGAAAAAGAAACUCAACAAUAUCCAAGAACCAUCCAGUGCUAAUGAUGCACUCGUGGUUUAGUAGCUGCGCGGAUUAUGUCCUAAUUGGUCCGGGAAACGCCCUCGGAUACCUGCUGGCCGAUCGAGGGUACGACGUUUGGUUGGGAAAUGCCCGUGGAAAUCGGUACUCGCGGAGGCAUCAAAAGCUUAAGGUGCGAUCGAAACAGUUUUGGGACUUUAGCAUUCACGAGAUUGGAUAUUACGAUGUGCCCGCGUUGAUCGAUUAUGUGCUGGAGAAGAGUGGAAAGAAAAAGUUGCACUAUGUUGGAUAUUCACAGGGCACCAUCGUCAGCCUGGUCGCCCUCUCGAGCCGUCCCGAGUACAACGAAAAGGUCAUCCAAGUGCAGCUGCUAUCCCCGGCCGCGUACGCCUACCGCUCCCUUAGCAUCGUCAUGAGACUCCUCGCCUACAUGGCCGAAUCCCUGGCCGGCGGCUACACCGCCUUUGGUUCCCACGAACUGCUACCCAACUGGCGCUACCAGUACGAAUUCUACCGGGCACUGUGCCCCGCUCCCCAGCAACUGCUCUGCCGGAUGUUGAUCUACGAGGUGGCCGGAGCGAAUCCGGACCAGCUGGACACGAAGAUGCUCCGCAUCUUCCUAGGUCACUUCCCGGCCGGUUCCGGCAUCAAGCAGUUCCUGCACUACGCCCAGUACAUCCGCGAGGGCAUCUUCCGGCAGUUUGACUACGGGGACGACCGGCUGAACUGGGCCGCGUACGGAAGCGCCACCGCUCCGCGGUACAACCUAACCCGGGUCUCGACGCCCGUGUGGACGUACUACGGGCUCAACGACAACGUGGUCAACUAUCGGAACGUGCGUCGGCUGGAGCGCGAACUGCCAAAUCUGGCCGGCAGCUACCAGGUUCCGGACGAACGGUUCACCCACGCCGAUUUCAUCCUGAGCAAGAACGUGAAGCGCGUGCUGUACCGGAAAGUCAUCCGGAACUUGGAGGCCGCGGAAAGAGGUUCCAAUUAGUGGGGGAGCAAUAAAUGUUUACAAACUGCCAA